AUGAUGGCUAUGAUGACAAUUCCGCGACUGCUGAUAUUACUGUCAUCUCUGCUAUCGUCAACGGUUGUUACUGCCCGGUCAUGUGAGCGGCUCAAAGCAACUUUGACAUAUACACAAGAGGAAGCGCCUCGAGAUCUUUCCAGUGUGCUUCCAGUAGUGGUCGAGAAAGUAAAUCGCGUAUUGGAUGGUGUGGUGGACGUCGAAGUGGAAUGGACAGGAGCCGAUUUGCAUGGACGAGUGGGAGAGCACAUUGUCGAGUGUACCGUCACUCGUCUUGCCUCUGCUGUGGCCUCGGAAGGGCUUGAAAUUUACCAGGAUGAGGAUGGAAGAGAAGUGACUUCGCAAUGCUUUCACGUUCCCUUUACCAUUUUGGAUACAAACGAAUGCUCCUUGCCCGCCAAACAUCCAAUGCGUCACCUGUGUCCGGCUCCUUCCGUGUGUGUCAAUACCAUCGGAUCCUACGAGUGUGUCUGUCCCACUUUUGAUAAUAAAAGUGACGAGUAUCCAGCGACAGCCGAUGACGAAUUCUGGAAUUGGCUGAACCAACAAGAACGAUCUCGAUGGGAAGUUUCCUACGGAUCCAGUGCCAAGUCUUCCUGUGUCUCGGCAGUUUCCACCCACGAUUGUUGCCCUUCCACCAGUUCGACUCCUGAUGGCCGUACUUGCCGCAGAAACUUUCACUGUCCCCCCGAUCCUUGUGCCAAGAGCGAUUGUGCCUCCAAUGCCGAAUGCGUACGAGCGGAAUCGCCCUUGGAGAAACCCAACUACCGGUGUGUCUGUCCCGAAGGCCUCAUGGGCAGUGGACGGGCCUGUCAACCCAAGGAUCCCAAACCUGUGCCCAAAGUCAUGUUUGAUGGUGUGACUCCUACCGAGACUACUGUCAAGAAUGGAUAUUAUUGCGGUUGUACCGUUCCGGUUGUAGAUGCCUGUAGUGGAUUUCCUCCUUGCAAAGGCAAGCACGAAAUUUGUACCGUUUCGGCAGACAACGAACCAGUCUGUGCGUGCAAACCGGGUUAUGUCUACAACGAACAAUAUGGAUGUGUUGAUGAAAGCCCACCUACGUUGCGAUUGCGUCACGAUCCCGACCGGGAUCAAACCCUUCGUUUGAAGCAAGGAGACGUCUACCAAGAAUACAUGGUGGACAUUCUUGAUGAAAAUGCCGAAGAUUACUUGCGUUCUCUCAAAAUUUCUUAUAGCCGACCCCUGCCCACUGGUUGUUUGACUCAUGUUGGGGAAUUUCACGUCAAUUACACGGUAGCCAUGCCUUGGGCGACUCCGCCUUACGUUCGUACUACCCGUCGAGUGGUCAUUGAUGACAUUGAUGAAUGUUCCAUCAAUGUUUCCAGAUACCAGCAUUCCUGCCCGUCCCUCGUUCCCCAGUGCGAUCGAGCGGCUGGGGCCAAGUGUAUCAAUACCAUUGGAAGCUAUGCUUGUCAAUGUCCCCCCCAAUCGUCUGGAGAUGGAUUCUUGGAGUCGGCCAACUUUGGAGGAUUGGAUGCUCCCGACUCGUACAAUGGAGGAACCAGUUGUGUGGAUACCAGCAAACCCGUCAUUAAACUGCAGGGUCCCAAUCCAAAGGUUUUCAAAAUUUGCGAAUGUGGCGGAUUGUCAGGAAUUAUGAGCAAGGCCAAGAGCGCCGAUGAUGCCAAGCUUCAUGGGGAGCAACAAGGCUUGUAUUCUCAUGACAUUCAGGAAAUGAUUCGUGCCACUGCUGGUGCCGAAUUGUGUGCGACACACGAAAAGACCAGCCCCAAUCCUUCCGACUGCGUCAAGGCGACGGAUCACACUCAUCAAGGGGAUGUAGAUUUGUCAGAUCGAGUGGUGGUUGGUGCCCCCAUUCAAAAGUCUGCCCAUCAUUGGGUGGUUCCCUACAAUGUGGUGGACGACGCUGGAAACGAAGCUGCCACAGUCUACCGGGAUGUCGAAGUGCAGGAAGUCGACUUGGCAUCUUUGGAAAGUAAGAUUCGACAAGAAGUCAUCAAGGAGCAAGAAGCCAAAUCCAAGCGGGAAAUCAAAAAGGCCAUUCAGGAAGAAAAGGCCAAGUGGGUCAAGGAGAAUGUUGUCGCCACCACUGGCAACCGUCGCACGUGUCCCGCCUGUCCACCUUGUGACUGCCCCGAUGCCUCGUCGUCCGUUUCGGCCGCCAGUUGCCGGGCUUACUGCACUGGUGUUUCGCAAAGCUGUCAAUUGAGUGAUCAGAGCUGGGUUUACAGCUUCAUUUUUGCCUUGCAUGGAUUUUUCCCAGCCAAUGCUGUUCCAAUUGUAGCAUUGGUCGUUGUCUUGGCUGGCUUAUUCAUGGUCGUCAAGUUGAUCUUGUCUUGUUGCUUCAAUCAACAACCCCGUCGAUACGAUUAUGGGGACUAUCGAAACGACAAUGACGGCAAUGACGAAAUGUCAGUCUUGGCGGUCCAACCAAAUCCUACCCCAUCGCAUGGACCAUCCGCAGCAACACCAAGUACUGCUAAUGGAAGACCACCAAUGGGCUCUCCAUUGGGCAACAACAAUACUGGUUUUGGUUCUCCACCUCCCAAUUCUCUUUCUGUUGGAGGCGCCACUCGCCCAUUCUUUUCUCCCGGAGCUCAAUCGGCACAACAAACGCCUUUGACAGGAGGUGCACCUCCUUCUGCCUCCUUGACCCCAUCAGCUCCCAGCAUGGGAUACGAUGAGAGCAUUUUCAACAGUCCAUCAAUUAUCCGACCGUCACGAACUGGGGAUGGAGUUCAAAGACGGAAUCCGUAUCACUAA